AUGUCAACAUCUCCUGCCGCAAUCUCCAGUAACAAGCCGACCAUGGAGAAGACUGAGCAGGCAGGGGAGGUCACUGCCGAUCAGGCACUUGCCCAGCUUGGAUAUACCGCGGAGCUGCCCAGGAAUAUGGGCAUGCUGAGUAUUCUCGGCUUAUCAAUCGCCAUCAUGUCUGUCCCGUUGGGCAUCUCGACAACCAUGUACAUCUCGUUGACAGAUGGACAGUCAGUGACAGCCCUCUACGGCUGGUUACUGGUCUCCAUAGUGUCCUUGUGCACUGCUGCGUCCAUGGCCGAAAUAUGCGCCGUGUACCCGACAGCCGGUGGUGUUUAUUACUGGUCAGCCGUCUUGUCCACACGUCAAUGGGCUCCGCUGGUGAGCUGGAUAGAUGGCUGGCUUGGCCUUGUCGGUAACUGGACCGCGGCUCUGAGCAUUAACUUCUCCGGUGCCCAAGUCAUCCUUAGUGCAAUUACUCUCUGGAAAGAGGAUUACGUGCCAAACCAGUGGCAGACAGUCCUUACUUUCUGGGCUUUGACCGUCGUUUGUGUUGCGUUCAACCUGCUAGGCACCAGGUUUCUCAACACCCUGAAUCAAAUCUGCAUCUAUUGGACUAUAGCGUCCGUGGUCAUCAUCUCGGUUACUGUACUGGUCAUGGCAGAUGCCCGGCGGAGUGCUGAGUUUGUCUUUACUCACUAUGACGCUUCUGCAUCUGGUUGGCCGACCGGUUGGGCUUUUUUCGUAGGGUUGCUUCAAGGAGGAUACACCAUGAUCGGUUACGGUAUGGUCGCUUCAAUGUGUGAAGAGGUACCGAAUCCUCACCGAGAGGUCCCAAAGGGCUUAGUCCUCUCCGUUCUCGCCGCGGGCAUAACCGGCUUGGUUUAUCUGAUUCCUAUCCUUUUUGUGCUCCCUGAAGUGUCGCUGUUACUUUCCGUCGCCAACGGUCAACCCAUCGGCCUUCUCUUCAAGAUCGUUACCGGCUCAGCUGCCGGCGGCUUCGGUCUCCUGUUCCUUCUACUGGGUAUUCUCUUGUUUGCUGGUGUUGGCGCCAUCACUGCAGCUUCCCGGAUUACCUACGCCUUUGCCCGCGACAAAGCGAUUCCUGGACAUCAUAUCUGGAGCCGCGUAGAUAGGCGACUAGGAGUCCCAGUCUGGUCGCUCAUGCUGACGGCCGCGGUCAACGCCCUUCUCGCAUGCAUCUAUUUCGGUUCAUCGGCUGCUUUCAAUUCCUUUACAGGAGUGUGCACCGUCUGUCUAUCCACCUCAUAUGGGCUCCCGGUUUUUGUUAGUGUGUUGCGAGGCCGACGCGCCGUGGCUAACUCCCCUUUCAGCCUUGGGAGGUUAGGUCUGUCUAUCAACAUGAUCUGCAUCAUAUGGAUCGCCUUCUCGAUGGUCAUUUUCUGCAUGCCUGUGGCCCUGCCAGUGGAUGCGUCGACGAUGAACUACGCCAGCGUCGUGUUCGCAGGCUUCGCAGGUGUAAGUUUGCUGUGGUAUCUUGCGUACGGUCGGCAGCACUUCCACGGCCCACCCCUGCUGGAGGGAGAUCUGUGA